AUGUGCAGCAAAGCUAGAAAAAGUGUGUGUUAUAGCACCUCUGAAUCUGCAGACUUUAGAUUUGCUGCUUCAGUAGCACAAAAAAAUUGUGGAGAUAGCUAUCUUCAGCGCACCAUGGCAAAAAUGUUUCUUCCUUGGAAUCAACCAUUAGAAAAACACAUAAACAAGUCUGAUAAACUUGUGCAAAAAAGAAGAGAACGCAGAAGUCAGAUAUCAUAUAAAAGUCUUAGAUUGCAAAGACAAGCAAAAAGAUCCCAGUUAAAGUAUCAAAAGGAAAGUGCUGAAGGACAAACUUAUGAAAGUCAUAUGGAUUUAUUGGAUAACAAAAAAGCAAGAAAGGAAGACUGUAUCAAACUAGUUACUGACAAUUAUUUGAAUUAUAAAUCUAAUGCUUUCAAUAUUGCAUUUUUUGAUAUAGAAACUGGAGGUUUUAGUUAUAAACAUGACAUACUGCAAACAUGUGUAAAAUGUGGGAAUAAAAUGUUCAGUGCAUAUAUUACUCCAACCAAAUCUAUUGAUUCAAGUGCAACAAACGUAAAUGGCCUAAGUAAAGUUUAUAAAAAACUAUUUUUACAUGGGCAUGAAGUUGCAACUUUACCAAAACGAGUAGUUUUUAGUGAACUCUUAAAUUUUUUAAAAAGUUUUGAGAAAAAAAGUAUACUAGUUGCGCACAAUUGUAAUUUUGACUCCACACGUAUGAUUACCUCCAUGCAAGAAUUAUCUUUGAUAGAUGAAUUUGAAAAUGUGAUACAAGGAUUUUCUGACACUCUGCUACUUUUUAAAGAUAAGUUUCCAAAAAGAGAGAGUGGGUAUAAACUUACAACAUUAGCAAAAGAAUUAUUGGCACUUCCAUGCAAUGGUGCCCAUGAUGCUAGUGUUGAUGUCAUUUUAUUAGAACAACUAACCACGUCUUUUAUAAGUGUUCUUGAUUUGAUAGAAUCUAAUAAAACAAUCAAAGAUAUUUCAGAACGCAUGCAAAAGGAAAAGGACGCCAAAGAAAUAAUACCUUCGUUCAAGCCCAUGGAUGAUGUUAUUAGUAAAGCUAUGCAAAAAAGAUUAGCUUAUGCUGGUAUCACUUAUGAAAACUUAGUUAUACAUUUCAAAACAAAAGGAUUUGAUGACACAAAAGCUUUAUUAGUAGGUGAAGUGGAUGGUAAACCACAAAUAAUUAAAAAUAAAAAAAUUUUGAACACUAUUUUAGAUUACUUGAACUCAGUUUUACAAAUAAAGGUUUAA